AAAUAAGUGAACCCUACAUGCAGAGGGUGAGAGAAAUCCUUGUGAUAUGCCAGAAACAAGCAGAUACUUCAUGAACACGUAGAAACUAAGCAUGGAAAAAAGAAAAUUUUUCUUCGCAUUGGUAAUUGUCUCCACUAUUCAAGAAGUAUGCUCCACAGACAAGAUUUUUACCUGCGGUUUUAUCGGUGAAGAUCCUGAAGAAUUUGAAGCAGUUUUAGACACCGCCAGUAAUAAGAUAUCGAGUUUGAGCAAUAUCUCACUGGUCUUGAAAAAAUACAACAUUUCAAAAAGCAGCAACCUUUUUGGUCAAGCCGCAGCGUUUCUCCAACAUAAUGUGAUUGUACUUAUUGAUGGAAGUGACAGCCACUCGCGCGCAUGCGCAUUGUCUACAGUCACGAACAUUCCUCUUAUUCGUCUCCAUGGCAAUGGAGGAUCCUUUAAACAAUGUGACAGAGCGAUUCAAAUGUCAGUAGGAUACAAAGACUACGCGCAUGCCACAUUCGACCUAUUAAAUACAUUUGGAUGGCGAAGCGUGGUGCUUGUGUUCAAAGAUGAAAGCUUUCUCGAAGCUGGGUACUUUCGCACCCUUUCUAGAGGAUCAAAGCUGGCAGUGAAUCUCGUAAAAUUUUCCCAACCAAGCGAAAAUGAAGACUCAGGGACAGCACUACUACGAACGAUGGACGAAAUAAGAUUCUAUAAAGCUGAAGUUAUUCUCCUUUACGUCGACAAGGACAAUAUGGAAUCUAUGUUAAAUCAGACGCCUUGCCCACAUAAAGAUAGAAUGAUUUAUAAAUGGAUUCUACAAAGAGAGGUUCCAUUGAAUUUAACUUCCCACCCGUCCAAUAUUGUCUUAGCAGUGAAGUUACCAUAUAAUCAGACCCCAGCAUCAGAAGAAUUAGAAAACCUGUUACACAUCCAUGGUGAUACCAACAAGGAUCUACUUGCUGUUUCUCAUGAUGCAGUUCGAGUCAUAAGCCGGGCAGUCAACAAUGAAAGUUGUUCAUCAAUCAACGGAUCCGCAGUGCAUGCAGAGGAUAGGGAAGCGAUCUUACUUUGCAUGAAAGAGGUUGGUAUAAAUGGUUUAACAGGCCCCGUUCAUUUUGAUGCUUAUGGAAAACGAAUAGGAAUCAACCUCGAAAUUUUAAAUCUCCGGAGUAACUGUUUCAAAAAGGUAGGCACAUGGAAUUCAGCCGAGAAAGCUGUCAUAUUUGGAAAUAUCUCGCAAAACCUGGUGACACCACCAAGAGCAGGAAGUUUGGAAGGGAGAAGGUUCAGGAUUGUAGUUAUAAAGGCUGCCCCGUUUAUGAUGAGCAGGACAGAGGAAAAUGGCGAGGUUGUGUAUACAGGAUAUUGCAUUGAUUUGCUCAACGAACUGGCGAGGAAUCUCAAGUUUACCUACGAAAUCUAUUUUACUCCGGAUGGGUUUUAUGGCGCCGAAACUGACAAUGGAACAUGGAAUGGGAUCAUUGGCGAGCUGUUGUACAAGCAUGCUGAUAUGGCAGUGGCAGAUCUCACCAUUACUGAGCAUCGAGAGACAGUUGUUGACUUCACAGUUCCUUACAUGUUCUACACAGAAGAAAUGUUGCUGAAGAAGACAUUGUCGAAUGGAAAAGUUGACUUACUGCAGUUCAUGAAUCCUUUUGACAGUCACGUCUGGUUUGCAACUCUCGCCAGCCUAGUUAUCAUCUCCUUUGCUGUGUUUUUUAUAAAUUACCUCAGUCCUUAUGGGUACAAAGAUGAAAAUGGUCGGGGAACAGCAGAGGAAUUUAGUUUCUCCAAUAGUGUGUGGUUUGCUUUAUCUUGCAUGUUGCAGCAAGGAGCCGACUACUCGCCCCGUAGCUUAUCAGGUCGCAUUCUCGCUGGCUGCUAUUGGUUCACCAUCCUGAUAUCUGUUUCAACAUACACGGCCAACCUCGCCGCCUUCUUUACGGUAAAAAACGCAGAAAGUCCGAUUAAUAAUCUAAAAGAUAUCGUUAAAUCUUCAUACCAAGUAGGAGUGGUGCAGUCGUCAAGUACCUAUGAAGCAUUCAGAAGAAGUAAAUACGAUACAUAUCAAACGAUCUGGAACCGAAUAAAAGCGGCAGAUGACGUGAUAAAGAGCUAUGAACAGGCUGCUCAGCUUGUGCGAGAAAGAGAAGAAUACGUGUUUAUUGCAGAUGGGCCAGGACUCCGUCAUGUCGCGAAUCAACCACCAUGUGAUCUAACAGUUGUUCCAGGUUUGACAACAGCUAAAGGACUUUCGUUGGCCUUACAAGCGAAUGAUCCGCACACUGCCUAUUUCACUUUGGCCAUUUUACAUCUGCACGAGAAUAACUUCCUGGAAACACUGAAACGAAAAUGGUGGGAUACCGAAAAUGGAUGUCCUGAGGAACAAGAAACAGCUUUGUCUCGUAAGCGUAUCGGCUUACUGAGCAUGCUGGGAGUUUAUGUUGUCCUUGGCGUUGGUAUCGUGGUUGCAUUUCUGACGCUGUUGGUAGAGAUCUUCUGGAGCAAGAGAAGUAAACAAAUAGUAUUGUCGAAAGAAACCACAAGGUCCAGGAAAUGGCAAAGGUCAAAGACUAACUCUAUUCAAGUCCGCCCGGCAGAUGACUGAUUGCCAGGCCACUUUUAUUUAUGUUUGCAUCAUUCUACUUUCGUGCAUGCAUUCCAUAAUUUGAAAAUCAAUGAAAUAACAUCCGACUACGGUUCCCAUAAAUGUAUUAUGUCACAACAUAUUGUUGCGAAAGUUGAAAGGAAGCAGUAAACCUAGCAUUGAAAAUAGAAUACCUUGAGUAAGAAGUGGAAACGACCGGUAUCGCAUCUACGUUUCACGUUACCUCCAGUCAAAUGUAAUCAUGUGCCUUGUUGGCAUCAUAACUAUAAAUGAAUGAUAUCGCUUUACGUCUUUUGUUUUAAUAAGUUCCUCUUCAAAUAACCUCAUAAGCUCUGAAAAUGAUGGACGCUUUGCAGGAUCCAAACUCCAGCAUGACUUCAUGACCUCUAUGAAAGGAAAGAUAUUUCAUAUAGAGUCCCCAUAACAAAACUAUUCUUAUAAUCUGAAUAAUUGUUGGCUUAACUGUUUAUUUACAUUUCGCAUAGGCAUCCGUCUGGCCUCUCUAAAAUCCGUCCUUGUUGCGCUGCAAGACCAGAAAGUGGGAUUUUACCUUAAUGAGAAAAAAGAGACACGUAAGGGCACCACGAAGUUGUCCCAGUUAAACUUAAAAGCGUGUGAGGGGA